AUGGAGUUUAUCAUGGAGGAAGAAUAUGUACAAGUACAAUUCAAGAGACUGCAAGAGCAGCGUAUGACCAUGCAGCAGAAAACAUUCACCAACUGGAUCAACAACACUUUCUACAAACACCAUAUGGAUGUUAGAAUUCAAGAUCUCUACACUGAACUGAAAGAUGGCAUAUAUCUCCUACAGCUGUUAGAGCUGCUGUCUGGCGAAAAAUUGCCCAAGCCGAACAAGGGCAAGAUGAGGGUUCAUUUUCUGGAGAACAACAGCAAAGCCAUCCAGUUCCUCAAAUCUAAGGUACAGGUGAAGUUAAUUGGCCCUGAGAACAUCGUAGAUGGGGAUCAAAUCCUCAUCCUGGGGUUAAUAUGGAUAAUUAUCCUCAGAUUUCAAAUCUCAUCUAUCAUUCUUGACAAGGAGGAGUUUGGAUCCAGAGCGGAUGCCCUGUCUGCUAACGAGGCCCUGCUGAUGUGGUGUCAGUGUAAGACUUCUAGCUACUCCAAUGUCAAUGUGAAAGACUUCUCCAGAAGCUGGAGUGAUGGGCUAGCCUUCAAUGCACUCAUUCAUGCUCACAGGCCUGAUCUCAUCGAGUACAGCUCCCUAAGGCGUGACCAGCCCAUCUAUAACCUAAAUAAUGCCUUCAUAGUAGCAGAGAAGCAGCUGGGAAUCAUAAAACUACUGGAUGCAGAGGAUGUGGCAGUGUCAUGUCCAGAUGAGAGAUCGAUCAUGACCUACGUGUCAUUCUACUACCAUUACUUCUCCAGGCUGAAGCAGGGUCAGACUGUCCAGAAAAGGCUUGCUAAAAUUGUGUUCUUCCUGAAGGAGACAGACGACUUGAAAUCCCAGUACGAGCAAAUGGUCUCUGAGCUCUUGAAAUGGAUAAAGCUCAAAGUGUUGGAGCUGGAUGACCGCUUCUUUCCCAAUUCCCUAGAGGGGAUGCGACUUCUCAUGGGCGACUUCAAGAUCUUCCGCACUGUGGAGAAGCCUCCAAAGUACCGGGAGAAGGGAAUAAUUGAAGCCAAUUUCUUUCACAUCCGAACCAAACAGCAAGCCAACAACCAGCGCGCUUAUCUGCCCCCUGAAGGAAGGUCGCUGAGAGAUUUGGAAAGGGAAUGGAUUGUUUUGGAGAAGGCAGAGCACAACCGAGGAGAAGCAAUACAGCAGGAGCUGUUGAGGCUGGAGAGGGUUGAGCAGCUGGUCCAGAGAUUUCUGAAGAAAGCAGCCAUUCGUGGGGCCUACUUGGAGGACAUGAGGGAGAUCAUGAAAAAGCAGGAUGACUGGCGACCAGAUAGUCUGGAGCAACUUGAGGCAGCCACAAGGAAGCUGGAGGCCAUUGAAGCAGAUAUGCUACCCCGAGACCAGCGCUUCAAAGCACUGGCUGAGAUGGCAUCAGAAAUCAAGCAUGAGAACUACCAUGACAAGGUUCAGAUUACCGCAAAGCAAAAGGACAUUGCACAGCAAUGGCAAGAUCUUUUGAACCAGCUCAAAAGACAAACACACUCUUUGGAAGAGAUGUGGGAUGUUCUCAUCCUUUUAAGGGACAUUGAUACCAUUAUGGAGGAACUUAAAGGGCUGCAGAUUCUAGUGAGUUCUCAGGAUUGUGGUAAACAGCUAUUGGAAGCAGUAGAUUUAUUGCAGAAGCACAAAUUAGUUGCCUCCCAGAUCUCUUCCAUCGGGGAGAGGAUCAGGCCUAUGGCUGAAAGAGCAGAAGAGAUCAUAAAAGAUAAAUCAAUCAAAUCAGAUGUGCUUCAAGCUAAACAUCGGAUGCUCCAUCAGCUGUAUCAAAACCUUGUGGAUCUCUGCAAAACACGGCAAUAUCAGCUGGAAGGUGCUUUGAAGCUUUUUGAGUUUUUCCACGAAUGCAAAGAGGAGGAGCUCUGGCUGUCUGACAAAUGGAAACUGGUGAAGACAGAAACCUUAGGGCGUGAUCUCAAUCGCAUUGAAGCCUCACUCCAAAGCCACAAGGCUCUGCAAGCUGAGUGUGACUCCCACCGACUGGUUUGUUCUAAGAUCAUCUCGAAGAGCCGGGAGUUAAGUCAGAAAAACCCUUCAAACCAGAAGGAUAUCCAGAAGAAGAUGGAGAGUAUCCAGCAAUUGUGGCAACAACUCCAAGAUGAGGUGGCCAGUUGGAAAACCCGUCUGGAGGCAGCUGCUCUCAUCAAACAGUACUUUGCUGAUAUUGAUGAGGUGGACUCCUGGCUGCAGGAGCAGCAAACCCUCCUAGCCAGCAAGGAUUAUGGGAAGGAUGAAUCCAGUGCGGAAGCUCUGUUGCAUCGCCACUUCCGUUUGGAGAAAGAGCUUGCUGCUUAUUCUUCAGAAAUAAGCCACUUGGAAGAGCAGGCUCAUUCUGUGACACAGAAGGCUGCAUUGGUGAUGGUAUCAGCGCCAGCAGCAAAUGCAGAGAUACAGAACAGCAUAAACCAGAGAGUAACCAGAACACCAGCAAGCCAUUCUAGGUCAUGGAGCUCUACUCAAAUGACAUUUACUAGUCCGUUUGACUCUGAUCCUCACUUCAUUACAGAAAACGUCUGGAAAACCCAGAAUAACAUUGCCUUAUCGUAUGAUAAGCUGCUGAACAUGGCUGAGCACAGAAAAAAAGAGUUAGAAGAAAGGAUCCGACUCUACAAAUUCUACAGUUCCUGUGAAGAAUUUCAGUCCUGGAUAGAUGACAAAGAGAAAAUUUUCCAGACUAUUCAGCCAAAAGCAGAUAAUGUGGAGACUAUGCAGCAGAAAUACCAGAGUUUCCUAAUUGAAUUGGCUGCUGGGAAGAGCCAACUGGAUGACAUAAAUUGCUUAGCAGAUAUGCUUUCAAAGAGCAGCCCUGGAAAAGAGAAUGCGAUCCAAACUUAUAAAAAAGAGAUAAGCAUGAGGUGGGAGCGCCUUGAAGCAUUAAAAGAACAGAAGGGCUCAGAGCUGAUUGGUGUGGCCGACGUGAAGACAUUCCUUCAGGACUGCCAGAACACUCAAGGGUUGCUCCAAGACAAGAUGAUCCAUCUUGAGGAUUUAGGACGUGGGAACAAGCCUGCCAUUCUGGAGGCCGAAGGGCGCAAACUCACCACCUUUGAGAGAGAGGUCUUAGUGCUGGAGAGAAAAAUUGAAUACCUGAAGAGUGUGGCCAAAUCGAUCAAGGAUACCAAUCCUGCAGAGAGCAGGGCCAUAAAGGAACAAGUAGAAGACAUGGAAGAGCUGCUGUCAACACUAAAGGCAAGGGCAAAUGAGAAGGAGAAGGCUUUGCAAGUAGCACAGGACCAGCAGGCCUUUCUCCAAGACAGCCGUCGACUCUUUUUGUGGGCAGAUGGGAUGAAGGAGAAACUGACCAGUGAGGAGUUGGGUGUAGAUGUGAUCUCUGCAGAGCAGCUGCUAAAAGGACACCAGGACCUGCUGAAGGAGAUACACAGCCAGAACCACAGGUUUAAGCAGUUGCAGGAGCUCGGUCAAAAGAUCAUGGAUGGUCCAUCCAACAUCAGAGCUUUGGAUGUCUGUGAGUCUGUGCACAAGCUUGCUCAGGAAAGGAAUGAGCUGGAUGAGUUGUGGGCAAAGCGACGAAAGAAACUCCAAGAGAACGUUGAACUGCAGAAAUUCAACAGAGAAGUUGAUAGUAUCUAUGCUGCCCUUUCCAGUCACGAGGCCUUUCUCCGGACUGAUAAUCUUGGGGACCACGUGGAUUCUGUUCGGAGUCUCCUGAAGCGGCAUGAGGAUUUUGAACGAGUGCUUCUGGUGCUGAAACACCGGGCAAAUGCAGCUAAUGAGCAUGGAGAACAGUUGAUAGGAAGGGGCCACUUUGCUUCUGACAUAAUUGAGGAGAAAAUGGCUGCCUUACGAGAGAGGUGGAAAUUGCUAACAUACAGCAAUGAGCAGAGGAAACGGAGACUACUAGAUUCUCUUCUGUUACAGGAGUUCAGUCAUGACACUGCCGAGCUUUUGAUGUGGAUGGAGGAGAAGUACAAGAUAGCAUCAGAUGAGUCCUACCGUGACCCAACAAAUAUCCUUCGGAAGCUGAAAAGGCAUGAAGCUGCAGAACAAGAAAUGAUGGCCAAUAAGAAGCAUUUUCUGGAGCUGAUGGUGGCUGGAAAUCAGCUCAUUCAGGAUAACCACUAUGCCGCAGAUUCCAUUCAGGACAAAAUGUCGGAGCUGAAGAAGAAAUGGGAGAAGCUCUAUGGCAAGAUGAUAGAGCGAGGAGACAAACUGAGGCAGGCUGGGCAGCAAGAACAACUUAUGGAACUUCUCGAGGAUGCUGAAGAAAAGAUAGAGAAGAUAGAGAAGAUUCUUCGAGAUGCAGAGAUGGGUCAUGACUUGCGCUCCAGUCGCAAUUUGCUCAAGGAACACAGACAGCAGGAAAAUGAGAUGCAGGCAUUGGCUGAGAAAAUGAGCUCCAUUGUGGCCCAUGCUAAGAAAAUGGCUACCAAUCAUUUUGACAGUGAGAGGAUUUUGGAUGAGACACAAAAGUAUUUGGAAAGGUUUGACUCUCUCCAAGAACCUCUUGCUGAGAGAGGCCAGCUGCUGGAGGCAAGAGUGGAAUUGUAUGAAUUCUACCACUACCAUGACAUGGAAAUGAAGUGGAUUAAUGAGCGAAUGUCAGUUGCUCACUCCACAAACCGAGGCAAGUCAUUGGAUGUGGCUCAAAGCUUGCUACAGAAGCACAAGGAAUUGCAGGUAGAAGUGAAUGCCCAUAAGCAGCAAGUCUCCAAGGUUCUAGAGAUGGGAAGACCUAUGGUAGAAGGCAAACACACGCCAUCCCAAAGGAUCAAGGAAAAGUGCCAGGAGCUCAGCAAAAGCUGGCUGGAGCUGGAGAAAGCAUGUGAGGGAAGAAUCAAGCAGCUACAACAGUGUGUUGCCUUCCAUCAGUUCUUAAUAGAUAUCUCAGACCUGGAGAGUUGGGUAGCAGAGAAGCUCCCACUGGUGACCAACAAAGACUGCGGCAAAGAUGAUGUUGCAACUCUCAGCCUCAUAAAGAAACAUAAGGCCCUGGAACAUGAAAUUGACAUUUACCAGAGUCUAGUCAGGGAACUAGGGGAAACUGCCCAAACGCUGCCUCUCUCAGGCUCCAUCCGCUACGAUGAAGUCGAUGCACCUCAGGAACAGGUUCACUCACAGCUUCAGGAGCUGCAGGAGCUGGCCAUAGCAAGGGGGAAAAGACUAGAGGAAACUCUUGCGCUGCAUGAAUUCCUGAGAGAAUAUGAGGAUCUGGAGGACUGGAUCUCCCAGCAGAAGCAGGUGGCCAGUUCUGAUGGCUGUGGAACUGAUUAUGAACAUGUCCUGCGUCUUUGUGCCAAAUAUGAAACAUUCCAGCACCAGAUGGAAGUUGCUGCCAAAAGGGUUGCCUCGUGUCAUCAACUAGCAGAAGAUAUGUUGGAUCGUGGCCAUUUUGAAUCCAGAGAAAUUCGGAAGAAGCAGAAACAGUUGCAGAACAAUUGGGAGGAAUUGCUGGAGAUGACGGAGCUACAAGGCAAGCGACUUCAAGAUGCUGAGGCAGUACACAAGUGCCAGCAAGACCUGACAGAAGCUCUCGCCCACAUUGAGGAGAGAUCAAAGGCCAUCCCUGAUGACAUUGCAAGAGACCUGAGUGGUGUACAGUCCCAACUCCGCAAGCAUGCAACCCUUGAGCAUGAACUGUUUGGGAACGAGCAACAGCUGCAGGAACUGGUUGAUGCUGCAGAUGGCGUCCUCUACCGCUGCUCCCAGAGUCAGUCGGAGGAAAUACAAGCAAAGCAGCAGGCGGUGGUAGAGAACUGGGAGUCCUUACGAUGUAAAGUGGAGCGAUGCAGGGCACAGCUGGAACAAGCCUGCAGACUGUACCACUUUCACGCACAAGUACGGGACUAUUCCUCCUGGGCAUCUGAGAUGAUGAGAGAAAUGGCAAUUGAGGAGAAAAUUCGAGAUAUAUCUUCUAGUGGUCUGAAGAUUAACCAGCACCAGCAGCUAUUGUCAGAGAUUCAAGCCCGUGAUGAGAUUUACGAACGGGUGCGCCAGCUGGGGCAAGAACUGCUGUGGGAACAGAAAACGGCAGCAAAAGAAAUCCAAGACACAUUGCAGGCUCUGUUGGAAGAAAAGGGCAAUGUCUACCACAAGUGGGCACAGAAGAAGGAGUGGCUGGAGAAGGUCCAUCUUCUGCAUCUGUUUUACAGAGACUGUGAACAUCUGGAAAACAUUUCCAACUCCCAGGAGAUGUCAUGCAUGGACUUCUACAGCGAGACAUCAGGCGCACCCAUCUACAUCUCCACUGUGGAAGUUAUGCUGUCUUCCACUGGAGCAGCCCCAUCAUCGGCCUCCAGAUCAGCUGCCUUGGGUAGCUCUUUCCAAAGGAUGCCAUCAGCAGACAUUCUCUCGGACUCAGCCUGGUAUUUUCCAGCUUGUUUACCAUCCACAGAGACCUUGCCAAGAAACGGCAUCUUGCCAUCUCACUGUCUGUCCUCCGAGGUUUACAGCUCCAGGCUAGAUAUAGUCUUGGCACAUUCAAAUAGUUUUGGAAAAGAGAGCAGCCGUGUUAAUCCUUCCGGCCUCAAGCCUGCAUGUCCCACCCUUCACAGGCCUCCUCAGUGCAAUGGUUACAGCAGCACUGGUGCUCAGUCCCCCCUCGCCUCUUCCAAGCGAUAUCCAGGAAGUGACCAGAGGGCUUGUCAUUCUUCUACGGAUCACGCUGGUCCUGUGCAGUUUACAGGACCUUUCUCUUCUGCGACUGCUUCAAGAGCUCUACCAUGCUGGACGUCACGGUUGGACGUUUCUCUGUGUGCCAUUCCAGAUGCUUCACCAACGGAGAGGAAAAAACUAUCUACAGCACUGGCACCUUGUAGUUCAGAGCCAAUGCAGCCCAGCUACAGCCACUGCAAUGCUCGACUUUCGGAUCUUCAUGCUUCAGUAAAACUGUAUAUUUCCACUUGCAGUAUAGCAAUAAAGCCAUGCAGAGCUGCUUCUCAAGCAAGCGGUCAUGCGUAUUCCAGUAUUCUGUUACCUCAUCUGAAAAAGAUUUCAUCUCCAUCUUCUGGUUGUAAAACAGGUCCCCAGGUGACCCAUCAAGCUAUCCCCUCCAGAAGCUCUGCAGAUCUCCAGAUUACACGAUUUCAUGUCACCUCUACUGCCAAGUGUCCUGGUCUUCCCCAGCAAACAGUCUCCAGAGAGAUAUGGUUGACUCCAGCUACAGUGUCUACAGCAGAUGCUUCUGUUGGCAAAAGAACAGUCACAAAUCCACAUUUAGAUCCAGAUUUGGUUGUCUUACCGAACUGUCAUUCAACUGGCAAAGAGUCUGGGAGGACUUCAAGCGCUGAGAUCAUUCCAACUCACCACAAGAUUUCCAAAAUAACCCUGAUACUUGCCACCCCUUGGGCAUCCUUCCCCAUUAAGGUGAUAAGAGAAUUCAGAAAAAGCCCAGCUCCUUCUGUCUUCAUCAAUACUCCAGAUUCAAACAUGGAUGGGCCAUCCUUCCAAACAGAUUAUAUUGGCUCUGGCUUCUCGCUGUCUAUAAAGCCUGUUUGCUGCCCUGAACUCUACCGUUCGCAACAACUAGGUGCAAAUUCAGGGCCAAACCCUUUCCAGGAACCAGACACUGUAGGGAAUGCAAAUCAAGAUGCGCUUGCAACAAGUGUGCAGACUUGUACUACAAGGACAGCAUCGCAUCAGACUGGUGAGAGUGCAUGGUAUCCAUCGAUCUCUAUGUGUUUGAAAAGCAGUGACUUUGGGAGGACCGUGGAUGAGGUGGUGCAGCAGAUCAAGAAACACGAGGCUUUUGAGAAGCUGCUGGUCUCCCAGGAUGAAAAGGAAUUGUCUCUUCGGGAACAGGCAAAAGAGCUGCAACAGAACAGUGAGCUGGAAGGGAGGCAGAUCCAGCACAAAUUUAAUACCACGUUAGAGAAAAGAAGAGGCGUCAAAGAUCUCUCACAAAGCAGGAAAGAAAAAUUGGAGAUCACUCUCCUGCUGGCUCUGUUCUACCAGAAUCUAGCAGAGGCAGGGAGCUGGAUUGAUGAGCGAAUGCAAAAGCUGGAGGACCCUUCUUUUCAGAAUCUGAGCAACCUGCGUGACAAAAUGAAGCUUCUGCAGAAGCAUCAAGCCUUUGAGGCGGAGAUUCUGGCUCAUGAGGAUCUAAUCGCAACUGUUAACAUGAGAGGAGAAACCCUAUUAUGCCAGAAUCAUCCUAAAUCAGGGGAGAUCCAUCGUAAGACUCACUUUCUUCAAGAACGGUGGGAGACACUGAAAAGGGCAGUUGCAGCUCGUGGAAAGAUGCUUGAAGACAGCAGGGAUUUCUUGGAAUUUCUGCAAAAAGUGGACCAUGCAGAGGCCUGGAUCAGAGACAAGGAAGUCAUGAUUCAUAUUGGUGAUGUGGGAAAUGACUACGAGCACUGCCUGCAGCUCAUGAAGAAACUGAAUGAGUUCCGAGGAACAUCGGGGGGAGUGACAGUAGAUGAUGCCCACAUCAAAGCCAUCAAUGCCCUUGCUGUGAGAUUGGAGAGAGAGAAUAAAGAAGAGAUGAAAACGAUAUACCAGCGGCGAAAGCAGCUCAAUGAGAGGUGGAACAAUUUCCAUGGUGAUCUUAAAGCAUAUUGGAAGAAAUUGGAAGGAGCUCUGGAGAUCCAUGGCUUGAUUAGAGAAAUUGAUGAUAUCACAGAGAGAAUCAGUGAAAAGAGUGCACUGAUGCAAACACUGGAUUAUGGGAAAGAUGUGGAAAGUGUAGAAAACCUAAUCCGGAGACAUGAAGAAGCUGAGAGAGAAAUUGGCAUCAUUCAAUCCAAGAUGGAGUCACUGGAGCUGGAGUCAUUCCCUCUUUGCAAAAGGAAUCCAUCCCCCCUAAGCGAGAAAUUGACUACAAAGCAAAAGGAAAUGAAAAACUAUUGGCUGCGUCUCCAGGGCCAGGCCAAGCAAAGGGGUGAGAAGUUGGCAGCCUCUUACCAGUUGCAGAAGUUUAACUGUGAAAUGAAGGAGCUCCUAGACUGGAUUCAAGAAGUCAAAAGUCGAAUGGAGGUUGGGAGUCUUCCUAAGAGCCUUGCUGAAGCAGAAAGCAUGAUUGAGGAGCAUCAGGAAAGAAAGGCCGAGAUUGAAGCACGGGGGGAUCGGUUCAGUGCGCUCAGCAACGUCGGUCAGGUGCUUGCCAAUUCUGGCCAUUACGCAACCCUCGAGAUCCACCAUUCCCUCAUCCAUCUGCAAGAGGCAUUGACUGAAAUGAUCCAGGCCUGGCAAGAACAAAAUCUAAAACUGUUUCAAGCCAGAGACUUACAGAAUUUCUUUGCUUAUGUAGAGCAGAACGAAAGUUGGCUUAGCAGCAAAGAGGCUUUCCUAACAAACACAGACUUGGGGGAUUCAGUGUCCAGUGUGGAAAGCCUGCAGCAGAAACACAUGCAGUUUGAAACAGACCUGGAAACCCAGCUGGAGAAGAUAGAUGUGAUGGCAUCGUUUGCCCAGCAGUUGAGGGAUAGCCAGCAUUAUGACUCUGAGAACAUCAUGAACAAGUGCCAAGUGGUGCUGAGGAGAAAGGAGAGACUUCUGGAAAUUGCUUUAACUCGCAGGCGUCUGCUGGAGGAGUCACGGCUAUUACAAAAAUUUCUGCAUGACUCCUUUGAGGUGGCGGUCUGGAUGACUGAGAAAAACAGCAUUUCCCUUGAUGACAGCUGGAGAGACCCAGGCAAUCUUCAAGCCAAACUGCAAAAACAUCAGACUUUCCAGGCAGAGAUCAUAGCCAACAGAAACCACCUUGAUAGUAUCAAAGCUGAAGGGGAGAAAAUGCUCCAGGAGGGACACUGCGCCCCUGAUGCCAUCCAGUCCAGACUGCAGGAGAUAGAUGAGCUUUGGGAUGAGUUGUUGGAAAACUGCCAUGAAAAGAGAAGGAAGAUGCAGGAUGCCCACAAGGCCCUACGUUUCCUGCAGAUUGUGGAUGAUGUGGAGAAGUGGUUUGAAGAGCUAGAAAGUGAGAUGAAAGCCCCAGAAGGCAGCAACCAUCUCCAAGUCCUGAAUGAUCUCUUCAAGAAACAGGAGGAGCUGGAAGAAAGCUUCGCGGGCCACAGGGACCAGCUGCAAGGGCUUGUGAACACUGUGCAAGAAUUCCAACAAGAGAAGCAUUUUCUGGCAGAUGAGAUUGAGGAGAGGGUUGACCAUGUGGUGCACAGGUACAAGAAUCUUAGGGAGCCCUUACAGGAGAGGCGUGGGCGUUUGGAGGCCAGCAGACUGCAGUACCAGUUCCUCCAGGAUGUCAACGAGGAGUUGACCUGGAUUCGCGAGAAACUCUCCCUGGCAUCCUCCAGAGAUUAUGGCCAAUCUCUUACGACUGUUCAGAGUUUACAGGAGAAGCACCAGAAUUUAGAGAAUGAGAUUAGCAGUCAUGAUGCUUUAACUAAAGCAGUGAUCAGCACUGGACAGAAGCUGGUGAGUGGAAGACACACUGCUUCACAGAAUAUCAUGGAACAGGUGAAAGAGCUGGAGGUUUCCCUAGCAAACCUGAAGGAUGAGUCUCAGGAGAGAAAAAAGAGGCUCAUACAAUCGUAUGAAGCCCAACAUUUACUCACUGAGCUUUUGGAAAUGGAAUCCUGGAUGGCAGAGAGGGGGCUUGUCCUGGAAACUCCAGAUUAUGGGAAGAAUGAAGAAUCCACUCAAGCACUGCUUCGUAAAGUGGAGGCUGCCAAGAUGGACCUAGAGGGAUUCAAGCCCCGACUUGAGAAGCUGGGGGAAACAGGAACUUCUCUCCUGACCACUGACAACCCUGCUAGUGCUACUAUCCUUCCCAAGCUCAAUGCUGUUCUACAAGAAUAUCUCUCUCUCCAACAGAGAGCUGAGACCCAAAGAAAAGGUCUGCAGGAGCAAUCUCAAUUGCAUCAAUUUGAGAGGGAAACCCAGUUGGUGCUUGCGUGGCUUUUGAGCAAACAGAGUGUGGCCGAAUCCGAGAACUAUGGUCAGGAUUUGGAGAAUGUUGAGAUUCUGGAGAAAAAGUUUGAAGAUUUUAUAAAUGAAGUAAGAUCCCUAGGCUAUGCCAAGGUUCUCCUGGUAAAAGACUUUGCAUCCCAGCUCAAGAGCGCAGGCCACAGCCAAAUGAGUGAAAUCCGGGAAAAAGCCCAGCAGGUCAAUGACACAUGGGAGAGACUGCAGCUAACCAUUCAGACAAGAGCAGAGAAUCUCAGAGCUGCACAUCAGGUUCACCAAUAUGAUCAUGAUGUGGAUGACCUGAAAGGGUGGAUGCAGGAGAAAGAGGCCAUUGUGGAUAGAGAAGAUUAUGGCUAUGACCUGCCAGGUGUUCAGAUGCUCCUUAGCCAACAUGAGGGAGUUGAGAGGGAACUAGCCGCCAUCUCUAAAGAGCUGGAAAAGAUCAGAGGAAGGGCCUGGCAUCUUGGUCACCUGCACCCUCAAACCAGGGACAACAUGAUGAACAGGCUUUCAGAGGUGGAUGAGUGUUGGGAGAAACUGGACAGGAAGUCUAUGGAGAGAAAGCAGAAGCUGCAGCAAGCAGAAGAAGUCCAGAUCUACUUCAAUGAUUGCAGAGAACUAAUGGCCUGGGCCAAGGAGAUGCAUGCCUUGAUUAUAUCUGAGGAGUUGGCAAAUGAUCUUCUUGGUGCUGAGUUGCUUAUUAAACGCCAUGAGGAGAACAAGCGGGAUCUAGAGAAGCAGUGGCUGAAAUAUGAAGAGUUGGAGCAAGCUGGAAACAGCCUAAUGAAGAGUGGGCACUUUAUGUCCAUGGAGAUUGAAGAGAAACUCUAUGAGCUUUUAGAGCUGAUGAAAAAGGUGAGGGAAUGCUGGGACAUGAAGAAGGAUUUGUAUGAGGAAAACUGGGAGAUCCAAUUACUACGACGGGAGUUGGACCUAGCUGAAGGUUGGUUGGCUGCCAAGGAGGGUGUUCUCUCGGAUCCAAGCUAUGGGCAUUCUGUCUCUGAUGUUGAGCACCUAUUGAAGAAACAUCAAGACUUUGAGAAAAUGCUAGAGGUGCAGGAGGAGAAAUUCGCACAGCUGAAUAGAAAGACAAAGAGGGAACUGAAACUACGGAAACAAAUGGAUAUUGAGCAGAACGAGCAAAGCGAGAGAGGGAAAUUGAUCAAGGUCCCCUCUCUAAGGAGAAGGCACUCGGACAGAAGAACAGCACACACAAGACCACUAGAUCCAAAGAAAACGCAGCAAGUCCCUCCGAGGUCCUCCGUGGCCACUUUGAGAGCUCCCCUGCAACACAUGGUCUCUCUUCCACCAAAGUCUGAAGAGGGUUUGCACCAAUUUGGUCUUGGAAAGUCGACUGGCCCCAGUGAUGCUAAUGCUCCUCCUGCACCAAAGUUGCUUGGCUUACACGAUUCAGCUACGGAAAUCCAGAACUCUUUGCUGUCUUCACUGCCCUCUAACCUGAAAAUCCAGCAAGCUGACAGUGACGUGUUACAACCACAUGCUAGUAAUUUCGAACUGGCAAAUGAGAAAAGCAUUACUGAUACCCCCCUCUCCAACAUGGAAACCAAAGGAGUAAAGGCUAUGCCUGGCAGAGGAUCGUAUGACAUUUCCCCAACUUUACUACGCUCUGAUUUACCUUCUGAGAGAUCAGAAACUGCUUCUCUGAUUACUGGAGGCGAACUCAAGAAGAGUAACAAAAGCCUCCAGGUCUAA